AUGUCUUCAGACGAAGGUCCUUUGGAUCCACCAAAGAACACACAGGGAAUUGACUUAUCCAAGUUAUCCCCUCAGGAAUUGCGAAUUUACAAAAUGUACGGCAAGCUCCCUACAACGCAACAAAUCUUGUCCUCCAAGAUUCAGGAUAAGAAGUAUUUCGAUAGUGGCGACUACGCCAUGCAAAAACAAAUGGGAGGCCCCAAGUCAGGUUUGGGAGGAACUAUUCCCAUGGCACACCCUAACGCUGAGAAGGUGAAGGAGAUGUAUAACCGAAACUCCAUCAGCGCCACGAACUCUAGCAUCCUCUUCAACGGCAAGCUGAACUUGCUCAGUGAGAGCACAGCUGAAGAAGAGAAAGGCGGGAAUACCUAA